GCACAAUCACUGGGAGUUAAGGCUCGUGUUCACUCAACAACUCUCCGAGUCCGGACGACUGUAGGGGUUUUCGAAACUGAACUUUUAAAACUUUUUAACUUGAAAAUAGACCGUUUCCGCGCAUGGAAGACAACCUUGUCUCGCGUCUCCUGCCUGUCCUUUAUGUCCAAUACGCGAGUGAACAAGAUUGUAUCUUUACCGGGAGUUUUGCGUGCUGUGUCCCGUGAUGCUCGCGAUUUUGCCAGUGUGUUUGUGCUGUUGCCUCUUUCUUCAUGCAGUCACCCCGCCGGUCGCCGGAUUGGUACGCAACAGGUUGAAUUUUCCCACAAAGUUAAGGAAGUCAGAUGAGGAGGGGGGCGCCAUCGCCUUGGGAACAGUGGUCAGGCCUGCUGUUGCCCUCGGCAACGGCUUGAGAGAGCGACACAGCGUCUGGAGGGUCCUCCUGAAGAAAGGACCCCCACUGAGAGGGCCUAGAGAAGUGCCUGUCCACAACAGUGUACCCACAGAUCGAGAGGACCUGAGGGAAACCAGUCACAAAGGGUCACGGGUGCGGCGCCACGCCAUUGUGAGGUCGCGGAGUCAUCGGCAUGGCAACCUGAUGCGUGUGGGGUGUGUCCUGGGCACGUGUCAGGUGCAGAACCUCAGCCACCGUCUGUACCAGCUGAUUGGUCAGACAGGGAGGCAAGAGACCUCCCCCAUCAACCCGCGGAGUCCCCAUAGUUACGGAUGAGGCGCCACGGCAACAAGCUCAUCCACAAACCAUAAACUGUUAGCGCAUCUGUAGUGGGGGAAGAUCAUAUUAUAUAUUAUAUGUGUAUAUAUGUCUACUGAGUGUGUGUGUUUGUGCGUGUGUGUGUGUGUAUGUGUGUGUGUGUGUGUGUGUGUGUGUGUGUGUGUGUGUGUGUGUGUGUGUGUGUGUGUGUGUGUGUGUGUGUGUGUGUGGGCGCGUUUGCACAUGUAUGUAUGUGAGUGCACUUAAAUGGCCACUAUUGGCUAAUUCCUGUUGUCACUUUCUGCUUCUCUCUCUCUCAGGCUUCACAUAUCUGUGACAGACAAAAACCCCAACAGACACAAGUUACUUAAACUCACUCUUAGGGAAGCACUCAACCACUGUUCACAGAUCAGUGAGGUCGUACACGCCUCUCUGUUUCUCUUUCUCCCUCUCUUGCUCUCUCUCUCUCUCUCUCUCACACACACACACACACACACACACACACACACACGCUACUUGUACACCACGCUUUUAAGAGGUCAGAUCAUUCUUAAAACAUGUCAAAGCACUUUAAGCAAAUGUACUUGUUUAAUCUAAAACCAGAGGCAAAGUCAUGUUAUUUAAAUGUAAGUGAAAUAUACUGUAUGUACAUACUCCAGACCUGUAAUCCUAUAUAACAUGUAUGUGUAAAUUAGGUGUCAUAUUUAAAUAAAGUCUAUACAUAAAGCCA